GCCGUCACGGCGUCGGCUUCCUGCUGCUACCCACCAACUGCGAAACCAACGAGAGGACACCGCCUGCAUCUAGAGCAGCCGAACCAGGAGCGCAACCGAGUGGUGCGCUAACGUGAGAGGAAAGCGUGCGUGGCUGCGCUUCCCCGCCCCUGAGCCGUGGUAGAUGCGGGAAAAAUGCUUUCUGAAAGCAGUUCGUUUUUGAAGGGUGUGAUGCUUGGAAGCAUUUUCUGUGCCUUGAUCACUAUGCUAGGACACAUUAAAAUUGGUCAUGGAAAUAGAAUGCCCCACGAGCAUCAUCACCUUCAAGCUCCUAAUAAAGAAGAUAUCCUGAAAAUUUCAGAGGCUGAACGCAUGGAGAUCAGCAAGAAUUUUCGAGUGUACUGUAUUAUCCUUGUAAAACCCAAAGAUGUGAGUCUUUGGGCUGCAGUGAAGGAAACUUGGACCAAACACUGUGACAAAGCAGAGUUCUUCAGUUCUGAAAAUGUUAAAGUGUUUGAGUCAAUUAACAUGGAAACAAAUGACAUGUGGUUAAUGAUGAGAAAAGCUUACAAGUACGCCUUUGAGAAAUAUAAAGACCAAUACAACUGGUUCUUCCUGGCAUGCCCCAGUACAUUCGCUAUUAUUGAAAACUUAAAGUAUUUUUUGUUAAAAAAGGAUCCAUCACAACCUUUCUAUCUAGGCCACACUGUAAAAUCUGGUGAACUUGAAUAUGUGAGUGUGGAAGGAGGAAUUGUCUUAAGUAUUGAAUCAAUGAAAAGGCUGAACCAACUCCUCAGUGUCCCUGACAAGUGUCCUGAACAGGGAGGAAUGAUUUGGAAGUUAUCUGAAGAUAAGCAGCUGGCAGUCUGCCUGAAAUAUGCUGAAGUGUUGGCAGAAAAUGCAGAAGAUUCUCAAGGAAAAGAUGUAUUUAAUACCAAAAGUGUUGGGCUUUUUAUUAAAGAAGCAAUGGCUAAUCACCCCAACUUGGUAGUAGAAGGAUGUUGCUCAGAUAUGGCUGUCACUUUUAAUGGACUGACUCCUAACCAGAUGCAUGUGAUGAUGUAUGGGGUAUACCGUCUUAGGGCGUUUGGACAUGUUUUCAAUGAUGCACUGGUUUUCGUACCCCCAAAUGGUUCUGAGAAUGACUGAUAAAGUGGAACGAGCUUGCAUAAGACAUGUGAUGUCAUUAUUUGUAAUAACUACAUACCCAACACAACAGUAAGUUUUUUCUCUUUUUUAGCUUGGUGGCAUUGGUGUAAUUGCACAAUUAAGUUUACUAGUGUAUUUUUAAAUAGGGUGGGUUUUUGCCCUUAAAGCACAUGAGAAUUUCAAACAUGUUGGAAAUAAUAAUUUUGCAAUUAAAAAGGUAUAUUUAUA